CAGGGCUCUCGGGGGAGUUCGCGCGCCCAGGGCACCGGCCUCUCUCGGGGGGCGCUGACGCCGAGGCGGGACCUUUUUCGGACCCCGCCACAGCGGCCAACCCCCCAUGUCCCGGCCUCUUCCCUCGUUUGGUUUUUUGCUUUCGUUGCAUCCUUCCGAGAGUCGCUUAACCAUGUCCGCGCCUGUCGCCCCCUCUGUCCGCGCCAUCUCCAAGAAGCGCAAGUUCAUCGGCGAUGGUGUCUUCUACGCUGAGCUGAACGAGUUCCUCACCCGUGAGCUUGCCGAGGCUGGCUACUCCGGUGUCGAGGUCCGCAUCACCCCCUCUGCCCAGCACAUCGUCAUCCGUGUCACCCGCAUCGAUGUCGUCCUCGGUGUCCGCGGCCGCCGCCUCCGUGAGCUCACUGCUCUCGUUGAGAAGCGCUUCGGCUUCGCCUCUGGUGCCGUCGAGAUCUUCGCCGAGAAGGUCGCCUCUCGCGGUCUCUGCGCCAUCGCCCAGUGCGAGUCCCUCCGCUACAAGCUGCUCGGUGGUCUCGCCGUCCGCCGCGCUUGCUACGGUGUCCUGCGCUACGUCAUGGACUCCGGUGCCAAGGGUUGCGAGGUUAUCGUCUCCGGUAAGCUCCGCGCUGCUCGUGCCAAGUCCAUGAAGUUCGCCGACGGCUUCAUGGUCCACUCCGGCCAGCCCACCAAGGACUACAUCGACUUCGCCGUCCGCCACGUCCUCCUGCGCCAGGGUGUCCUCGGCCUGAAGGUUAAGAUCAUGCUGCCUCAGGACCCGACCGGCCGCACCGGUCCCCGCCUGGCCCUCCCCGACAACAUCACCAUCCACGACCCCAAGGACGACGAUGGUGCCGUCAAGGUUGAGAUCAUCAAGUACAACGAGCCCGCCGCCGUUGAGGAGGUCUCUGCCUAAAUCUCCCCUCUCGUGAUUUUGCACGCUCCGGGGACCUCUCCUCCGUCCAUCGGGCGCGCGGGGGGGGGGGCGGCGGGCGCGGGGUCCGAGACUUCUCUCCUCCCCCUCCUCCUCCCCUCUUCCGUCGUCCGCCCGAUGGUGUGAUGCGCGAUGGCCUCUGACGCGCGGAUGACCAUGUGGCGGAGGUUGCUCUGGCCUGUUGUUCGGCUUUCCCUGGCUGCUGUGCAUGUGUUGGCGCGUGGUAUUGUGUCUCUACGGCUGGCCCAUCGUGUGCUGUGUGUGUGUUUUCUCCUCCCGCGCGCUCGGGGGGGCCUCACCACCACUCGCCCUCUGUCUCGGAAGUGUCCGGUCUGCAUCUCCUUUCUUCCCCCCCCAUAUAAACUGCUUCUCUCUACCAUCUUGCGGCGGUUGUUGUGUGUUGGCCGGGGGGGGGGCGGCGGGCCCAGCAACAGAGAGAGAGGGGGAGCAGGGGGAGGCUCGCUCACACGGCCAUCAUUGUGGGGUCUUGUUUCGGGAGAGGGGGAGGAGGGCGUGCUGGGCUUUGCGCGAGGAGGGGCGCGGGGGAGAAGCUCGGCGCCGCCGAGCACUUGUCCGGGCGCAGCCGCUCCCUGCCCCCCCCCCCUCGCCCCGAUGCCCGAGGCGGAUCUGCGAGUGAUUUCGCGCCGGA